AUGUCCACAGCGAUUUGGGGUUAUACUCUGUUGUUCCACUCCAGUGAUGUCUUUUGGAGCAUUCUGGAGCAUAUGGGACAUAAGGAGCAUGGAGGGACUUGGCACAUGGAAGCAGCUCAACUGGAUACGCAAAGGAAGAAGGGAGAAGCCAUCUUGAAGACCAGCUCGACCGUCCACUCGACCAACCGGUCGAGUUCCUCAACUCGACCGGCCAAGCUUCAACUCGAUCGAGCUGGGAGUCAAAGUCAAACCCGAAAAAUGUUGCUUCCCCCUUGA